AUGCCUGGACACUUCGGUCAAAAGGUCCUCAAUACCUUAGGUCUCAACGACCAUGGCAAUCAACAAAACUCCUCGGCCGUCCAUCUUCCAGGCAGACUGGCUGUGAACAACGACGAGCACGGAUUGUCUUCACCUCCUAAUAAUGGCACAUACCCUCGUCUCUGCAGGCUCUCAGAUGGCACCAUCCUCUCGUCCUUUACCCGAUUCCCCGAUGGACAACGCUCACUUCGCGUCGCGAAAAGUACCGAUAACGGCCGCACGUUCGAGGACUUCUCCGAGGUAACCAGGGGCGCCGGCGACGUGGAUAACAUGUUCUUGUGUGAGGUGGCGCCGGGGACAAUACUAGCGGCCUUUCGCAAUCACGACAAGGGUCCAAAUGGCCCCACGUACUUCCGCAUCACCGUCUGCCGGUCUACGGACGGAGGUCGGGUCUGGAAAUUUGCUUCGCAGGCAGCUGAGAAACGCCCUCCCUUGGGUAUUUGGGAACCAUUCAUGCGCGUCGGACGCCAAGGUGAAGUGCAGCUUUAUUUCUCGCAAGAAUUUGCACAUAACAACCAAUGUACCAUGCUAGUCGUCUCGCGGGAUCAAGGAAGUACCUGGACUCAACCGACCUGUCUGCAUGGUGACAAAGAUCCUCUUCGCGAUGGAAUGUGCGGCAUUGCACGAACUUUUGAUAACGGUCGCGAGGCUCUUGUCAUGGUAUUCGAGACCACCCGGUACGGACCUUUCAGUGUUGAAGCGCUUAUAUCAUACGAUGACGGUGCCACCUGGGGUUGGCGCCAUGAAGUUUUCCGCCCACGACCGGGUCAUAAUGCAGGCUCUCCUCAAAUUGCCUCUUUUGCUGAUGGGUCCAUGGCUACUAUAUUCAUGACAGAUGAAGAUUCCAAGCACGUGGAAUGGGUAAAGAAUGCCUCUAUCAAAGUCGUAUUUGCUGGCCAGCCAGUUGAUGGGCGGGUUCAAUGGAGCUUGCCAACUCUUGUCUCUCCGGCCUCCAGCUUCUGGCCUGGAAUCAUGACAUUGGAUCACCACAACGUGCUAGCCACUUAUGACCGUGGUGGACCCCUUGCAAAGACUAUCACCUGGCACCCCGCGUAA